CCCCUUCAGGGUGAAGAAGUUCUGCAGAAAUUGAAAGAAGUUUCUAAGGUUCUGAAUGUCCGUAUCGCUGUCAGUAAACCAUCGAGGACAGGAACUCUGAAUGACCUGCAUCUUCUGGAGAAGAAUGGAGCAAAGUUUACAGUUGUGGACAUGGCCAGACUGACGGCUGGAGUUCUACAUACAAAAUUCUGGAUUGUUGACAGGAAACAUGUAUACAUUGGAAGUGCCAAUAUGGAUUGGAGAUCGUUGACUCAGGUUAAGGAGCUGGGAGCCAUUAUCUUCAACUGCAGCCAACUGGCUGAGGAUCUGGGCAAAAUUUUCGAGGAGUACUGGAAUCUCGGUGGGCACAACAGCAGCAUCCCAUCUCCAUGGCCUAGUAAUUACUCAACAUUCUACAAUGAGAAAAACCCUAUGGUGCUGGAGCUCAACGACAGUCCAGCCAGUGUCUAUUUCUCAAGCUCUCCCCGUGCAUUGUGCCCAGAUGGACGGACUGAGGACCUUGCCUCCAUUCUCAGUAUCAUCGAUGAUGCAAAAAAGUUUGUGCAUGUGGCAGUCAUGAAUUAUAUUCCAGUAACUGUGUUCUCUUAUCCCAGAAGAUACUGGCCAGAUAUUGACACGCAUCUGCGGAAGGCUGCAUUUGAACGGAAAGUGAAAGUACGGCUCCUAAUUAGCUGCUGGUCACACUCCAACCCAUCCAUGUUCCCUUUCCUCCGGUCACUGGCAGCUCUGAAGAGUCAUGAGAGCCAUCUAAAUGUGGAAGUGAGAAUUUUCGUGGUGCCAGCAACACCGGAACAAAGUAGCAUUCCCUAUGCACGAGUCAAUCACAACAAGUACAUGGUGACGGACAGAGUGGCUUAUGUUGGGACUUCCAACUGGUCUGGUGACUACUUUAAUAACACAGCAGGUGUGGGCCUGGUGGUUAACCAGAGCAGCACAAUGAGGCACUCCUCAGGCUCUUCCGUGCGAAAACAACUGCAGGAUGUGUUUAGUCGAGACUGGCACUCACCGUUUAGCAAACCCCUGACUGAAGGUGAGGAUUGGAGUCAGAUCUGUAAAUAUAUCUAACAGGUCUGUGGAGAAAUUAUUCACUCAGUGCCAAUGUUGAACCAACAUGAGAACCAAAAUCCUGCACAACCCAAAAAUGGAUCUGGAAUCCUAAUUGAUCCUGAGUCUCAUUCAUCAAUGCCCUUCAAGGUGUAACAUUCGACAGCGAGUGAUGGCAAAAGAUGUGAUCAUGGAGUUGAAUUUUCAUUGAGUACUUCUGAUCAGUCGACAAUCUUGACAGAAGAUCCUGGGAAUCACAACUUUGCCAUUGCUCCAGGAUUGCCUUGAGAAAUGAGUGGACUAUCUUUCAUAGAAAUUCAACCUGACAGAAAUUGGUACUUGUGCAGAAGCUGUCUGGCAAUGAGUGUUACCAACACCCUUGUAAUUACCCUGGGAUUACUGCAUACUGCCUUUGUAUUCCUGUGUGUUCACAGUCUGAGUCAGAUUGUCAGGCUGGGUGGGUCUCUAAAUGCUGGACCUACCACUUAUCGAGAUAUGAGCCAAGAUCAAUGUCUCCCUGGUCAGUUGCUGUAAGAAUCCUAACAGGUAAUGUGUUUGUCAACCUGCUGGAUUUGGUCCAUAUUGGCAAAGUAGCUUUGAUUCAGUAAUCUCACAUGGAGCAUACAGGCCAACAGUUGCAAAGCGGUCACCACAGUGCUAUGGACGCCACACUGCUCUUGUCAGUCUGCUCUACGAAGAACCUUUAUUCUGUAUUUGACACCUUGCUGUACCUGAUCUGGGAGUGUUGGGGACAGUGUGAAGGGAGCUUUUUAUCUGACCUGUGCGUAUCUGUUCUGGGAGCGCAUGAUGUUUGUUCCAAUUCUAACAGGAACAACUUACAGUAUAAGUACCUCCAAAGGAAAUAAAAAUGUGUUUGCACAGAUAUAAUUUUAUUUGAUCCAGUUUCCCCAUUAAGUGGCCACAUUAAAUGUGGGGAGAAUGCCAGAGAUGUUGGAGCUUGAUGUACUGCAUUUUCAAUGCACAUUAUGCGACCUUGUACUGUACACCUACUUUUGUCAGUUUUGAAAUAAAAUCUAUUUUCAGUUCAACAA